CGUCUUCACCUAUGUGCUUUAGCUGCAUUUUCUGCCUCUGCCUGACGUAGCUGCAGAGCCGCUGCAUCCACCUUUGAGAACCAAAGGAGACAGAACCGAGGAUCAGAUUUUGGAUGUGAAAGAAACCAAGUGGAAGCUGUAUGUUCUCCAAUUGUGUGAUUUGAAACACUGUAAAUACUGUCAUUGUGGACUAACAUACCUGUUAGGAGAUCUUGCACCGUUUUCCUCACUUUGGACCAUUAAUGGAAUAUCAGUUUUGACUUUGAGACUUUCAACACUGGAUCCAAACAUGCUGGACACAAACCACUGCCUUCAUAUUGAUACUUCCUCUUUUGGGGAUAAACCAAUCCGAAAUGGUCAAGAUAAGCCAUCUGUGAGUCUGGACUGUGACAGACAUGCAUAUCAUAGCCUCAAAGAAGUUCUUCAGCUCAAAUUACAACAGAGAAGGACGCGAGAGGAGCUGGUCAGCCAAGGAAUCAUGCCUCCACUGAAGAGUUCUGCUGCCUUCCACGAACAGAGGAGAAGUCUGGAGAGAGCACGUACUGAGGAUUACCUGAAGAGGAAGAUCAGGAGUCGGCCAGAGAGGUCCGAACUGGUCAGGAUGCACAUCCUCGAAGAGACCUCAGCCGAGCCCUCACUGCAGGCCAAGCAGCUGAAGCUGAAGAGAGCGCGACUGGCAGAUGAUCUCAAUGAUAAGAUCUCGCACCGCCCUGGUCCCAUCGAGCUGGUCCACAAGAACAUCCUCCCUGUGCACACGCUCAUCGGUACAGAGUCUCCAAAGGGUGAGAGCUCCUCAUUGGACGAGGACAGUAGUGAUGCCCUGUCACCAGAUCCCCAGUGCAGUCAGGACUCUCCGUUGGGUCUUGCCCCUCAACACUCUCCCUCUGAUAUGAUGAAACUGAACGGAGACCUCUCACCAUCUCAGUUUCUCACUCAGGCCCCACCUCCUCCUCUCAUUGCGUCUGACGCCUCUCCACCACAGAAUCUUACCAGUGAAACUAUCAUGAGAAACUCUUCCCGUCCACCGACGGGACAUACAAAGCAGCAGUCCAAGUCCAGCACAGAUCGGACAUCUCAUCGAUCCAAGAAGCCCAAAGAUAACAAGCCCAAAGUGAAGAAACUCAAAUAUCACCAGUAUAUCCCACCUGACCAGAAGAACGACCGGGAGCCGCCUCCUCAACUGGACUCCUCGUACGCUAAAAUCCUCCACCAGCAGCAGCUUUUUCUUCAGCUUCAGAUCAUCAACCAGCAACAGCAGCACUACAACUACCACACUAUCUUACCCGCACCUCCAAAACUUUCUGCUGAAAAGGAAGGUGGUGGAUCCACCAAUCCAGGCCCCUCCCCUUCCCAGUCUAUUUCCACAUGCUCUACAGUCUCCUCCAAUCAGAAUGGGCACAAUCGACAGAGCCAGCCUAUAGUGGGAGGAGCUACACCCAGCACCUUGCCUGCAAACCUGGAUGAAUUCAAAGUUGCUGAACUUAAACAUGAGCUCAAACUGAGGCGGUUGACAGUAUCGGGCACCAAGAACGAUCUCAUUGAACGACUGAGGAACUACCAGGAGCAAAACAGUGGUUCGACGAAAACAGCUUCUGCUCAUUUACCACAGGUGUCAGUUCAUUCAUCUGGUGCCGCCCCAAAUAAAGCCCCGAAGUCAAUGUCAGCUUUUCCCGUAGCGGCUACCACUAGGGUCCACAGUACAACUCCACCUCAAAUCAUGCGCUUCAGCAGCACUAGCUCCUCUCCUCCUUCAUCUCCUACCCCCUCUGAUCGCUCUCUGGCUGGAUUGAGUCCCGAUGAGACCAGCUGCAAUGGGGAUGUGUUUGGAGAAAUGGUCACAUCACCUCUCACCCAGCUCAGCCUGCACCCCUCUCCAGACCACCCCUCCCCAAUUAAAGAGGAGUCCCAUGGGCAGGCUUCCUGCAUCUUUUCCCAUCUGGGUCCGCUAUCUGCACAGCCUCACGAUCCAAGUCCCGUGGCAGCAUCAGGAUCUGCUUUGUCUCCUCUGGACAAAGACCAAAUGCUUCAAGAGAAGGACAAGCAGAUCGAGGAGUUGACACGCAUGCUUAGGCAGAAGCAGAGACUGGUGGAGACCCUGCGUUCUCAGCUGGAGCAGGGUAAGCGUGGAGCUGCCGCAGAAGUAACAGACAACACGGGUAACGCUGAAAUACCGUUGCUGUCUAACGGAGUGGAAGUGAAGGUAAAGGAAGAGAUUAAGGAUGAAAUGGACACAACAGAGGACCUGCAGAAGCAAGUCCAGCCCCAGAAGAAGAUCCAGAUGCAGUGCUCGCAGCAGACUCUGCUCAGACUGCAGCAGAUUCACCGGCUGCAGGUGCAGCAGCAGCAGCAGCAAAUGCUGGUGGACCUACCAAACGGACAACAACAAAAGACGCAGUUACUGCAACAGCAUAAACAACAGCAGCAAAUGGGUCCGCCGAAACUGCAGCAAGAGCAAGGAAAAACGCAGGUGUUGCUGUUGCAGCAGCAGAAGACACAGUUACUGCAACGGCAGCAGAAAGUGCAAUUACUGCAGCAGCGGAACAUAAAGUUACUACAGCAGCAGCAAAAGAAGACACAGACACUGCAGCAGAAUCAGCAGCAGCAGCAGCAAAAGUUGCAGCAGCUAAUCAUCCAGCAGAGGCAGCAAAAGCAGCAACAAAGCAAGCAGCAGAAGCCGCAAAAUCAGCCACAGCAGCCGUUACAGACACCACAGGUUUCACAGGUGUUUGUCAGCCAGCAGUCUAGUUCUACGUCUUACCCACUGGAUCUCCUGAAAGCUCACCCCACACCCACUUUGGUCACGGACAUCAAUGGCAACCGUUAUCUGAUUGCACUCACCAGUAACAGUGUUGAUAGUCUGUCUGGAAAUUCUCCUCAGAGCAAAUCCAAUGGACGGAUCACUCUACAGAGAUUGCAGUCGACCCCUACCAAGCUCCCUAGCCAGUCAUCUACUGAUAUGGCUAGUUCUGCCAACCAAUCACAGACUGUCAGAGAGCCCAUCAACAAAGUUCAGAAAGUAGGGCUCCACUUGGAAACCCCCAGUGUUAAAGAGUCUAGCCAGCCAGUGUCUGCACCUCCCAGCUUUGUGCCCUUCUUCUGUGAGGAAUCCAACCCACUGAGCAAACCCUCCUCACCUCCUUUGUUUAAGGAGGACAUUUGCCCAAAUUUUGAUAGACACACUUUAUUCACCCCUUCCUCCCCAAAGCCAAAGCCGAUCACUCACCCUCCUCAGCAUUUCAAAGAUAAUGUCUCAAACAACCAGCAAAUAGAUGAUCUGUUUGAAAUCCUGAUCAAGAGUGGAGAAAUUUCAUCUGGGUUUAAAGCCAGUCAAGACCCCUCCCUGUCAGACCUCCACUCAAGCCCACCCACUCCAUCUCCACCUCCUUCUCCGCAACACCUCUCACCAUCCACACAUCACCCUGACCCCGUCCCCGCCCCUUCCCAGCAGCUCUCAGACACCCAGGACAGGCCUUGCUCUGGAAACGGUCGCCUGGAGGACUUCCUGGAGAGCACCACUGGUGCUCCUCUUCUCGGCGUGGAGCCGGAUGGCCCGUUAACGUUAAUCGAUGACCUCCACAAUCAAAUGCUGAGCACUUCCAGUAUUCUGGACCAUCCACCAUCUCCAAUGGACACCAGUGACCUGAGCUUCUCGCCCCACCCCGCCAGCCUGGACUUUGAAGACCCCACCUUGGAUGGCAUGGAUUGGUUGGACAUACCCGUGGUAGGAGGGGGCAGUACUUCUAACAGUGGGGGUAUGGUUCUUGCCCCUUUGAACUCGCACGCCCCAACCAGUGUAUUUUCCACAGACUUUUUGGACAGUUCGGAUCUGCAGCUCCAUUGGGAUUCAUUGUAGCUUUUGGUCUUAAUUGCUUGACGACACACAAUUUAGCACCUUUAACCUUACUGUGUAUAGGCUGUACACUCCAGAUGCACAUGCUGUUUCUUAUGCUGAAAAGCUUCGAUUUUUCUUCAUAUUCCAAUGCCAAAUUGGUAUUUAAACAGUUCCUAUCAGAAUAGGUUCUCUUAAGCACUGAAUUUGAAGCUUUCAUUUACUUCAUCAAACCCAAAUGUUUUACAUCACAUGACGUUGUUGCCUUUGCCAAUAGAGAGACCAAUCUGGACCUCACCACCAUCAACAGCUCAACUAAAGAAUCCCUAGCUUACUCUACUUUUAGACAAGUUGUCUAUGAUGGUGGUUAGGAUCAUUUUUUCACUUUAAGCACACCAGUUACUAUACUCCACUACCUGUCUUUGGCACCACAUAGUGUUAUUUCUAUCCAUUUUAAUAAAGCUAUGACCUCAGAACCAUGAUAUGAGGCUAUUUCUGCUCUACAGAUUUCACACUUUUUAUCCAUCAACAAACUAAAUGGAGGGAAAAUUUGAGAUAUAAAAGUCAUCCUUGGUUUUGGCUAGUUCUUCCAACAUUGCACUUAAGUCGACCCAACUUGUGCUCUGGUCUACAUGACCCAAUGCAGGGAACCAGGUUUGGUGACGUUCACCGGAUCUCUAUGCAUUGCUGUACUUUAGGAUCAUGUAUUGAUGAAACCUUUGUUCCUUUCCCUCUGAUUGUAGCGAUUCGCUGGUGGAGGUCAGUGCUGGGGUUCAGGUUUCAGAAUAUUUGGAACUUCUUGUUUUGUAAAAAAUAAAUAAAAGAAUAAAAAUGCA